AUGGUCGAAGGAGACUGCUUGGUGUGCGGGACCAGCACGACGAAGCGCUGCAAGCCCUGCUUGGAGCAGUCUGGCAUCGACCUCUUCUUCUGCUCGCCGGACUGCCAGACACUGGUUUGGCCGGGUCACAGGUCGUUCUGCGGCAAGAAUGCGUUUCCCGUCAGGUUCCCGCUCCUCUCCAAGAACGAGGCGCUCGACAUCAUCCCGAACGUCGAGGUCCCGCUGCUUCGCUUCAACCUCGGCAACGGCGAAGAGAAGCAUUCCCUUCUGACGUUCUUUCAGACUUUCCUGCAUCCUCAGGUCACGCGUCAAGAGCUUGCGAGUCGCAUUUGGGCGAUUACCGAGACGGACGACGGAAGGGCUAACGAAGUUGUAGUAAUGGCGAAGGCCAAUCAAGCUCUCCUCUACAAAGCACGCUUCUCCGCCUCGCCUUGCGCUAACGACAAGCCGCUGAAGGAGCUCGUCAUCACGCUCGUCACCCAACUUUGCUGUGAUCUCAACGAGACCUUUGCUUCGAUCUUCUACCAGGCCACCAACAAGUCCUUGGCUGAGCGUCAAGCACUGGCUCAGAAGUACGCCGCGCCUGGGAAGGCCUGCGAAGCCGCGCUCCAUACAUUUGCGCGCAAGACCUUCGGCCAGGACUCGGACGACAAGUUGAGCAGGGCGUUGGUGGCAGCGGCGUCGCGCUUCACUCUCCGUUACCCGUGA